ACUACCAAAGUAGUGAGGCAGGACGCGCACUGAUUGCAUGCAGUCCCGGAGAGUGCGCACAAAGGAGGAUACAAGCACUCUUCCACCGAUCGCUGCAUCACCAGACAGUACAUGGCUGCUCUGCUGGGGGAGGAACCGCGGGCGGGCAGUAAUCCGCUGGCCAUGCUGGCUGCCACCUGCAGCAGAAUCGGGGAGCCCAGUGUUUCUUACGCUCCCUCUCCUCCAGAUGGAGCUCCGGGACUCAGCAAAGCGUUCCACCCGUGGAAGGGGUACGUUCAGAGCAACAGCUUCUUCAACACCGGCCCCACCUCACUCGGAGUUUCUCCUGGGACCUCCACUAGGAGUAAUGGCAUGACAGAGACCUCCGCUUUCUCGGUGACAGCUACCUCGUCUUCCUCUUCAAGCAACGACUUUUCCAUGUACCAAACCGCCGUGCCACCCUCAGACUGCGGUCUCGAUCAAGCUCAGCGCACGAUGUUUCUGACCAAAUUCCCCUCCCACGUGGAGAGCAUAACUGGAUUAUAUCAAAGGAUGCAUUCGUACGAUUCGUGGUUGAAACCUAUGGGAGAGAGUGGUUCUGCAGCCUGGUGGGACAUGGGAUCCAGCUGGGUGGAUCCACAGAACCCAACACCUCUGAGCGGAUACAGCAGCGACUACAGCUCUGCCUUCAGCCCCAGCGCUCCUCAGCACCUGCUGCCCGCCGCGCAACACCUGUUUGAGGACUUCAGGACACCUGUCCCCUCUCCUUACUCGGAGCCUGCAGCCGCAGUGGUAACAAACCCAGUGGUUUCUCUGCCUGCAACCUCUCGACUGUCCUCCCGGAGGUACUCCGGGAGGGCCACGUGCGACUGUCCCAACUGCCAGGAGGCGGACCGACUCGGGCAGGGGGGUUCGAGUCCUCGACGCAGGGGAGUGCACAGCUGCCACAUCCCCGGCUGCGGCAAAGUCUACGGGAAAACCUCCCACCUGAAGGCCCACCUGCGGUGGCACACCGGGGAGCGGCCGUUCAUCUGCAACUGGCUCUUCUGCGGGAAACGCUUCACGCGCUCCGACGAGCUCCAGCGGCACCUGCGCACGCACACCGGAGAGAAGCGCUUCGAGUGCCCCGUGUGCCGCAAACGGUUCAUGCGCUCCGAUCACCUCACCAAGCACUUGAAGACGCACACGGCGGAGGGAUCGGAGGACUGCAGGGAAGCGGGACCGGGGAGAGGCAACAGCGACACGGACAACAGCGUCUCCGCGAGCCCGAACCGGUCUCCGGGAGCGCACGAGAGCGAGGGCGCGCAGGGAUCCGAGAGGGAACGAGCAGGGGAAUAAUUACAGAACACACUGGAUAACUUCAUAAAAACGCUGGAUUUUUCUGGAACACAAACGGCACUUUAAAGCUAAUUUCAGUUUAGUCUGUGAACACUGUGUCCUUACCUCAUUUGUAAUUAGAAGCCUUUCGGAGAGUUUUGUUAAAAUACACUUUACAGUUUAAAUAAAUAAAUCUGGUUAUUUAAGCAUAAUUUCAUACAAACUUUGUAAGAUAAAAUGUAAAAAUCACACUUUACUACGAUUCAUUCAAA